ACGGCAUCAUAUCUCCAAAUCGAAGCUCGGCCCGGCCGUAAGGUACGACGACUUACCUUCUUCUCCGAAACCCCCAAUUGAACCAGUCCUCCGCCCUCUCCUCCCGGUCAAAAUGCCUCAGGACAUGCCCCCCGCUGGGGGCUACACCCAGGUGCAAUACAAGCGCAACAUCCCCGUCCGCGGAUUCAGUCCCAUGGUCUACCUCGCCGGCAUGGUCGGAGCUGUCACCUACGGAAUGUACAAGUACUACUACUCCAGUCGUGAGAUGCACGAACUCGGCCGCGAGAAAAUCUGGGGCCGUCUGCACAUCCUUCCUCUCCUUCAGGCCGAGGAAGAUCGCGAUCAGGCCCGUCGGUACUACGCCGACAAGGCCCGUGAGCAGGAGCUCCUGGGAUCGGAAAACAGGGUGUAUCACUCUGAUCGCUUCGUCCGCCCUACUUUUGCCUAUACCCCCUCCAAGGUUACUGAAGAAUAAACUUAUUGAAUUC